UCGAUUGCAUUACAAGGGUAGACAAGUGAAUCCUAUUCAUUCUGUCGGCCGUUGAGCGGUGUAAAAAUGUCCUAGUACUAAAAUUUAUUGUUUUGAUCUCUUAUUUCUAUAUUUUUAGUGUAUAGGUGACAGAUUUGUUGAAAAAUCGUCAUACAAAUGCUGAAACAAUUGCAAAUGGGCCUUCGAGCGUUUAUGCUACUGGCUUCACGCGUGUGGACUUGUAUUUGUUUUCUGAUCAAAAAGAAGGUUAGAGCUCUUGUUCAGCAUCAGCCAGUGAAGUACGAGAUAUACCCUCUGUCACCUCUAUCCAGGCACAGGCUGAGUCUGGUGAAGCGGAAGGUGUUGGUGUUGGACCUAGAUGAGACGCUGAUUCAUUCGCACCAUGAAGGUGUUGUCAGGCAGACUGUAAAGCCUGGCACACCGCCCGACUUUGUGUUGAAAGUCACCAUCGAGAGACAUCCGGUACGGUUCUUUGUUCACAAGCGUCCCCAUGUCGACUUCUUCCUAGACAUUGUGUCCCAGUGGUACGAGUUGGUAGUGUUCACUGCCAGUAUGGAGAUCUAUGGAGCUGCAGUUGCAGACAAACUGGACAACAACAGGGGGAUCCUAAGACGAAGAUACUACAGACAGCACUGCACACCAGACUUGGGCAGUUACACCAAGGACUUGUCAGCCAUCUCUGUAGACCUGGCUAACGUAUUCAUCCUAGACAAUUCUCCGGGAGCGUACAGAGCUUACCCAGAUAAUGCAAUUCCAAUAAAGUCCUGGUUCAGUGAUCCUAUGGACACGGCACUGCUUAACCUGCUGCCAAUGCUGGAUGCGCUCAGGUUCACUCAGGACGUGCGCUCAGUGCUCAGUCGAAACCUGCACUUGCACAGGCUCUGGUAGCAUCAUACAUGUAGCGUGGCAGAUGUUCGGAGCGGAAGGGCUCUGCCGUAGCUCUGACGCGUGUGUGCGCUCGCGUACUGGCCAGAACGUACAAACCCAGCACAUCAUCACUAGGGUUAAGUUUUUUACACUGUUGAUGUCAGAACCGGUGGGACCGCAACUGUUGUACAUAACCUGCCUGGACUCGAUACACCAAUCCUGUUGUACAAUAUGUAACCCAUGUGUAUAAUAUUAUUUAAUGUUGUUUUUUAUCAGUACGUAAUAGUUGUAUGUAGUAGGAUAGUUUUGACUUUGGCUUGAAGACAGACUCAAAUCGGUUUUUGUCAAUAGUUUCAACGAUUAACUGUACUCGUGAGUACAACACUGUGAAGUUUGAGUGUUUCGUAAUACAUUUAGUAGUAUUCCAGAUGGGUACUACAAAGUUCGUCAUAAUAAUUUCGUUCUUAAGAAUUAAGAUAAGUUCCUUAUAAAUUCUGUUUGGCUUGAGAUUUGGCUGAGCAAAAAUUAUACUACAUUAGGAGAAAUAUUGUUUUAUCCUUUUUUAUUGUUUUAAUGUAGACACUGCUUUUUGUUAAUAUAACUUAGAUAUCGGUUGAGAGAUAAAAGUUGACCCAGCAAAUGUAUCAUUUGCUUAAGUUUGUAAUGGACAAAGAAGUAUAAUAUUGUUAUAAACAAAAUUUACUAGUUUCUACAGAACAUCAUGGCAUAGACUUCCAGUCUGAUUUUGAAUAGGAUUGUGUUAAGUAAAUAAGUGCUGUAUAAUAGGCUAUUGUAAUUAAAACUAUUUUUGUUUUGUUUAAAAAACACUGUUAGUGUAUAAUAAUAAAUUAUUUUGUGUAUUUGAAUAACAAAUAUCAUACUCUCAGAUUUUUUUUCUCAGAGUUUAGUCAUAUUUUACAAUUACUUAACAUUUUGAAUGUGUUGUUUUCAAUACAACAAGAUUUAUGUACUGAAAGUUCAUUUCUAUCAUUAAGUAAACAUUAUAUAACAGAAUGUGUAAUGUUUGAUAUUAUGUAAUGAAAAUUAGUAUUUAUUUAGUUAACUUUAAGUGAGUAUUGUAGAUUUAAACAAAAUCCUUUAUGGUUUGUUGACAGAGUGUAGUCCUGAUUUUGAUUUUGAUCAGUUAAUUGAGCUGCAGUAGAGUUCAACUUGUCCAAAGUCCAGAAUCUUACCUAAUCAAUUAAUAAUGUUAGUAUCGGUGGUUGUGUAAAUCAGUGAGGGAUUUCGCUGAUUUAGAAGGGUUCAAAUGUACAAAUUAAUGAUUAAAAUAGAGGGACAUGGGUCUGUAUGGAAAAUAAAACAAACACCAUUCUGCCUCUAUGACAGCAAGAAAAUGGGCUAUUUUUAGCUAUCUGGAGCUCUCAGCUCUCCGAAUCACAAGAAUUAAAAAUGUCUAAUCCCUUGAAGCAUAUAACACUAAUUUAUAAAGGAGCUAACUCCAAAAUACUAGUGAUAUUUGACAAACGAUAGCUGACUCAACAGAUUAGAUCAUACAAUACAAAAACAGGUGGUUCUGUUCCAUCCACUAAUCUAGAAAGCAAAGUUGGAAUCACCAAAUCCUCUUGUAGAGGUAAGACCAGAAAAAUUUUAAUGUUAUUAAGGAGCUGGAAGAAGAAGUCAAAAGUUGUUGAUUGCGUAACUUCUGAAUAGCAUCGGAGUCAGUUUGGACCUUUUGUGUACUUUUGAAACCUGCUUUUAGGUUGGAUAAGAAGCAAUAAGAGAUAGGAAAAGAAAUUAAUUGAGCGUUUAUUUUCUUUUUAUAACUUUGCCCAGCUCCCACCAGUCAAGCAACCAAAAUUAAAAUGCUCCGCAGGAUGUGUAAUUGGCAGAGGAGUUCCUCUGACAGACUGGAUAAUGGAUGUUUUUCCUUUACAUUUCUUUUCUCUACAAAGUUUACAGUUUAGAGUUGCUGUCUGUCAUCUGCAACAAAAUAUUUAUGAGUCUGUAUAAUUCGUGAAAUUGACAAACCUGUUGUAAGAUGAGUGGACCUUUUUAUAAGGAAAAUAGUGCUGACAAUUAAAUCUCAAAAUAGCCCAGAAUUUUCUCUAAGUGGGCCUUGAUAACAAAUCAAACUUCUACAAGUAUAGUAUGAGGUACUGGCAGUUUUAAAAUGGUUAAUGCAGCCUUGGGGAUGUGUUUGGUGUCAUCGAUGCAAUGGAAAAUUGCCUCAAUCUUAUCUGUAGCAAAAAAUAAACUGAUGCGUCAGAGAAUGAAGGACCUGACAGAAUACAUACAUAUAGUUCAAGCCUUUUUAAGUAUGGCUUACAUUUCUGACUGUACCUCUGGUGCCAAUUAACAUUGUUCAAUACAUUUUCCAAAAGCAUAUCCUCCUUGGCCAACUUGUAACAUGGAAAUGAUGAAGAAAAAUGUUUUUAGUAAUCGGAAUACAAACUAAGCUUCUGCUACUUAUGAUUCAGAUGCAUUUAUAUUUUCACUGCGGCAAAGGAGUCUUCGGUGCCAAGAAACUUUGUACCAAAUCAAUAUAGGAGUUUUUGACCUACUGUUUGUAGUGGUUUGAAAGAGUCAGUUCAAUAAAACAAAAAAAGUAUGCACAGGUACAAAUUGUUAUAUGUCAUGGUAAUUAUUCAUGCUCUGUCUGUGCUCGGACUUCUAAUUAAAAGGACUUGACUACUUAUAUUUAUUGUUUUUACUUGAUUUCUCUUGUUAUUUCAGUGAAUCAAAAAAUCAAUUGUCCAAACAGGGAAGUGUUCAAGUUAUUUAGGUGUAAUAGCACUCAACUGUAUUUACAAUUAGUUAUUUUGUAUUAUCUGUAAUUGAAGUCAUAAUCUUACAGUACUAUCUGGUAAAGUGACUAUGAAUCAGAAUUAUGAUAUUGUGUUGAAGCCUAAAAUAAAUGCUGACUCAGCAUUCUGUUUUACUACAGUGCUUUUGGUAACCAAAUUUGUGACUUCAAACGUUUAAUUGAAAUUUUAUAUUACUCCUAGUCAUAAUUGUGUGUUCAGUUUGGUUUAUCAAACAAAAGUUUUUAAAUCCUCUCUUUACAAAAUACAUUUUACAUAAUUGAAUACAGUGUAAAUAUAAAAUUUAGGUUUUAUUCUGGCAUCAGGGAAGAGAGUUUGAAUGUGUAUCUGAUGUGAGUGCAUGUUGACUUGGCCUAAGUGGGAAAGUCCGUGUAAAUGAUCUCGCGUGGAUCUGGCCAGUGCGGCCAACGUCACCAGUCGAUAAUAGUCGACAGUUCUGUCUAUACUAGAUAGUUGACUCUUAGUGAGAGAUUUACUAGUACCUUUGUUACGAGAACAUCUGUUUUAGGAUAUUGUCGGACGCAGCAAGCAACUACUGUGUGGUUGGAAUCAGUCAAAUGGAAAUAUUUGGUUAAUGUUAAAUUAAUUUGUGUUGAAGAAUAUGUUUUUUUAAGAUGUUACUUUAUAAUAUUGUAAAAUAUCAAUUUUUUUUAAUAAUGUUAAUUAUGUGUUAUAUUUGUAUAAAUGACAGAACCAUAUCUUUUAAACCAUUUGUACCUUAGGCAUUAAUUUUAUCAGUGCCAAACAAAUGUAUAAGAAAUCCACAGUAACUAAUUUUUUUCACUGCCGCAGCUUGUGAAAAAUCCCAGCCAACAAUUUUGUCACCACAACUAUUUUAAUAAUGCUAUUUACAAAACUGAUAUAUAUACUAUAUCUAUCAACUGUUUGGAGUAGUGUAUGUUAUAAUGGAUAAAACAGCAACAAUGUUUAGUUGUCUUUGGCCUUCUAUUUCGUUUUGUUAUAUCUUUGCAGCAAUGAUAGUUUGUCAGUUGCCUCAGCUGGUGGCUAACUUAACAAAUUUCAGCUAUGCGUAGCAACAUACAAAUCUGUUCAUACACAAAAUUUUUUUAAUUUGGUUUCAGAUCCCGCCCCCUCAAGCUUUCAUGGUAGUAGCACUAAUCAAAAGUUACAAACUUACACCCCCCCCCCCCCCGUUCAAAUAUAUGUCCUUAAGAAUGUAUCAGCUAAUGUUGGCCAGCCUGGUAUGCCAUUUAAUUUCAAUAUGGCACAAAUUCGUUAUUUGUGAACCUAGAGCAAAAACUCAAACUGUUCUGGAAUGCUUAGAACAUUUUCUAAACAUUUUUUGCAUCUCAAAUGGUUUUCUGAUAUCAAUUAUAUAUAUAUAUAUAAAUCCAAUGAGAUGUCACAAAAUCUACCUUACUUCUUCUGACUGAGCCAGAAGAACUAUGUUUGUGUACUUACAAGAUGACAUGUAAUAUUUAAAAAAAUGAUUUUAUACAUUCAAAUUUUAUUUCAUUUUAUUUAUAAAAUAUUGUUAAAUCGAAAUGUUGUAUAGUUUAUUUUUAUUUUGUUUAUAACCAAAUAGUAAACAUUUUAAAGGAAUGAUUUUAGUUUUGCAGAGCGUUUAAUCCGGUACAUUUUGAUAUAGCAAUAAAAUUGAACCUUAGGCAGCUGAAAAUUUUUUUAACAAAUUCUUGCAUAAAAGACUUAGGGUUUCUCAUUUACGAGCUAAAAUUGUCUUGGUACAGUACUAGUAAAACAAUAUUUAAACUUUGAUGUUCAAAGGGUUAAAAAUAAACAAUCAUUCCACUUACAAGAUAUACCCUUUUGAUUGCACCCUUUAGGAUUUUACAUAACCUGUAUGAAGGUUUGUGAUUAAAGACGCCUAUAUUGUAAUAUAUAUUAUAAUUUCAUACAAAUUCUGAUAUUUUUUGUAAAAUAAUGUUUUUUACUCUGCAAAUUUUUUAUAGCAAAAACAUUAAUUGGUGAAACUGACACAGUUAUGCAAUUAUUACACCGGGGUGAGUAAUUUUUUAUCUCAAAUUGUCAAUUGUAUUAAAUUUAUAAAUUUGAUAAUCUUAAAAAAGUUGUGUUUUACUAUAGAAUAGUUAAGUAGUGGGUGUUUUUAAUUAUUUCAUACUUCAUUAUUUUUUAAUUCCUGAACAUUAUUAUAAAAGUUAUAUGUUCUUGUUGGCAGACAAUGUUUUGUUAGGAAGGAUUAUUUGGAAUUUGAAAAUUUUAGUGUUGAAGGUUUUAUCAAUUAGGUAUUUCGCUGGAUUUUAUAUUAUAAAUGUAUCACUAGUAUUAAAAAAAAUAUUACCUCUUUUAAAGGUAUUGUCAUUUUGUGUUGUAAAUGUUAUUUAUGAGAUCCAUUGUUUUAUCAUAAUAGUGGAAUGUAUUGAUUUUAUAAAAAGUUGCUGAAGUUGAAUGUCAAACUGAAACUAGUGUAUCUUGUGUAAUACUUUGUUGCCAAGUUUGUUCAAAAACACUUUCCCUAUUUUUUUUUUUUUUUUUUUUCAAAUUUGGUUUUACCACUGAGAAGGCUUUUUACAAAUUAAUAAUACACAAUAUUGUUGAAUGUUCAAUUGUUCAUAAAACAAUAUGAAUAUAGUACCUAAAUCCUUAGUUUUCAACUUAAUAAGGCCAAAAUAUAGAUUAUUUUGAUUAUUAUAGAUAUUCAUUAUUUUACUAAAUCUUAUCUGAAUGGCUUAUUAUUCUUUCGCUACUGUAUCAGUCAAAUCCAAGUCUUAUCUUUUCUGCUUCCAUAUUCCCUUCCAUUCAACAUCAUCAGAAUUGACUCUAUUACAUUGAGAAAAAAAUGUGUUAACCUCAGGUUUAAAUAUUUGAAGUUUAAAAACGGUGAUUGUCUCAAGCAUUUAGAAACACUUAAACUUCCAGAGUUGUCAAUAAAAUAAAUUGAUACAUACAGACAUCAAUAGACACGAUACAAUGCAAUGAAAAUCUUUUCUUAACUGACCUUGUCGGAUCCUGUGCAAAGACUUGCGUAAACGGAGCACUGGUAAAGGUACACAAUAUAAAACACAUGUCAGAAAAUCUGUUGGAAAUUAUUUUAAAUAUUCAUCUAUAAAUUGCCUCCUGGAGUUAAUAAAUUACCACUUACUUGGAACUGUUGAAAGAAAUCACUCGUUAAGUGUGUUGCUGAGGAUUUUGUUCAUGACUAUCAAGAAUUAUGCUGUAAAAGAGUUGAAUAACAUGAUGGGAAAAGGAGUUGCCCUACCUCCACUUAAUACUGAGAUCAGUAAUAGAAAAGUAUCUAUUACUUUAUACUCUGCAAAGAGUAUGACUCCAAAUUAAUAACUGCUACUGACAUAGGUAAAUUUAGUUCAAAUAUAAGUAAAACCCUAAUUUAACUUAAGUUAACAGGAUUUUUAUUUACUCUUUCAAUUGUUCAGUGAUAUAAGAAAUCAAUAACACUACUUUCAAGAUCUGUAAUCUGAUCUCUUCUGAGGUGGAUAACUAAUCUAACACUUAACUAAAAUCUGGAUGAAAUAAACAAAUCGUACCUCAUGUAAGACAGGAUUUUUAAAAUUAACUAACACAAUUAACAACUUAAUUUUUAUUUUAUCUGAAAUUUUUGUUUUGCUAACAGAUGUAUACUACUAAAUGAAUCAAAGAUUAUUUUUAAUUUUCUCUAUAAUAAUCAACUGCUCAUACUGCAUUUAUACAUGUUCUGGUGAAGGAUCGAAUUCAGAUUUCACCGUAUAUCAUUCCAUUUAACUUUUAUACAGCAUGAUCGUAUGGAUUGUACACGAUGAAUGCCCAUCGUCUUUUUGGGAACAAUUCCAUGGGGGGAUUUUGGUUUCUCUCAAAGUGAAAGCUCUAAAAACCUCAGGUAAUUGGGAUUAGUCAUUAACAAGAUAAACGUGUUGUUAAGUGGAAAUAAUUACAUUUCUUGAAAAUUUUCCUUUUUAAUGAAAAGGGAAAAUUCACAAUGUUGAUGAGCUGUACCGUUGCAGAUAUAUACAUGUUGAUUUGUAUUAUAAUUUUACAAAUAUAUUAUUAGAAAAAUAUGCGGUUGUACAAUUAAAUAAGAGUAAAAACUAAGAUAAAUCGUUCUGGUGGAGUAGAUUUAACUGUUUGACUGAUUCCAAACCAAUAUCAUUAUUAUGUUGCUUGUGGAUUAUGUUGUUCGUUUUAGUUCAAAAACAUUUACUGCUGGUAAAUUUGUUAUCUUGUACAUGUGUAAUACAUAAUAUGGUUGUAAUGUUGCUUUGUAAGUGAUUUCCUAGUUGUUCCCGACAGUUAACUGAAAUUGCAUACAGAAUGUCACUGAGGCAGAGUUGUGUUUUGUUGGCUCUCAUACAAGUUUUUUAGUUUUGAUGGUUGGAGUAAGCUAUUUCAACUUUCCUGUAGACGAACUCUGAUCACUGGAGCAACUUAGAUAUUGAGAAAUUUAAGGCUGUUUGUUUCGGAGCAGAAAGCAAAGACUCCUUAUUAACCUUGUUCAGAGAAAUUCUAUUUGUUUUGCUUGAUUAAUUUUGCAGAACACUCAACAGUUUUGAGAGAGUUAGAUGACUUGUCUACUAUUUUGUCUGUGAAAAUAAACAACUUUUUAUUUUAUUGAGUUAGGAUGUUUCCUUCUAAAAUAAAAUAUUUCGGCAUGGGCUCCAUCCUUCAUGAUUUAUUCUAUUUUUUAAUUUAGUAAAAAUCCUUGUGAAUUUUAACAACAACGGAUUACUUUUGCAUAGAUCAGCUCAACACAACUGUAUACAGAUUAGUUAAUUUCAAUAAAAGUAAAAGUAAAGAUGACUUAUUUUACCAGGCGAAGUUAGGGCUAAGAAGCCCUCUCUAACACUUAACCUGGGGACUAACGGCUUAAAGGUGACUUCCGAACCACCACCAACGGCCGGGCAGGCGGGCUGCUUGCAUGGACAGGAUCGCUAAGCGGUCACCCAUCCAAGCAGCAGCUACGCUCGACGUUGCUUGAUCCAACACGUCAAUACAAUAUGAAGCAGAAUAUUGUAUCUAAAUGAGUUCAAUACAUAGUUAAAGAAGUUUUUAUAAAUACAUUUCACUCAAUUGCGACUGUAACCGACAUAAUAGACACUGUGGCAACCUGACGGAACAUAACAAAAUUAUUGCCAACCUAUCCAACAAAGUAACUUGAGGACAUGUCUUCUGUGUCACAUAAUAAAAAAUUAUAUGAGUGAACAUUUUUUCAAAUUUGUUUAUUUUGUGAUUUUCUUGUCAUAUAAAACAGAUUUAAAAUUUUGAAUUUUAUUUUUACUUUUAAUUUUGAGUUCUUUCAAAACCAAGAGGGACUUAAUAAUUUAACUUUUAAUCUAAAUGUUCUUAUUGUGAAAUCCAAGUUCAGUUAAAUGAAAAAUAAUCACUUAAUUUCAAAUGUACGCACGGAAUACUUCAAGUGACAGGUGUGUAAUAACUGAUUUCAGUGAUUUUCAUAGCUGAAUUUGCUCCAAGUACUAGGAGAUUUCCUUGUUCACAUGUUUUAGUUGUGGAUAAUGGUUUUGUGGUUGUAAAAUAACAGUGAUUUUUGACUCUGUUUAUUGUGACAUAUCUGCUGCAAAUUAAUGAACAUAUUUUAUUAUAAAAUAUAACCUGUGGUUUAAUCGCUUUUAAAUGCAACAUUACAACUUAUUUGUAUUUAUUUCUUAAUAAUUACCAGCAAUAGUAGCACAAAUAAAGAAACUUUGAAACGUUUUGAUUUUAAAUGUAUCUAUUUGUGCAUUGUACUAUGACUGUUACUUUUGUGUGGAAAUAUUCAUGUUUUCAUUGGUUUUUCAUUUAUCUAUAUGGUAGAUUUAAGAUUUUGAAGUAUUUUCCAUCUGUUGAAAGGUGUUGAAGACUUUACGAAGUACGUUUUGAUUCUUGAAGCAGAACUGUUCUGUCAUGUUUUAACUCCACUAAUUUUCAACUUUGUAUCAGUGAUUGAAAUAUUGUUCAGCCUGGUUGUGGUGUAAUAUUUUCUUUUAUCGUUAAUUCCUUAGGUGCUGCAAUUUUUUUAUUUUAAGUUAUACUGGUGUGUACAUAAUGUUUUGUUUCAAGAGGCAAUUUUAAGAUUAGUCUUAAGAGAGCACCUGACCGUAUGUGGUUUGUAGAUACGUAGUGAUUUUUCAUUUGUUAUAUAAUAUACUGCAAAUUAGACAAGAAAAUGCAAACAAACUAAAACUAUAGUUGUGGAUGUAUAAAAUAAAUAUGGUUUCCUUCAUUAAUUAUGUUCCUUUUAGAUUACAAAAUGCUUUAAUAGAAAAUAUAUUGAUUUUGAUCAUUUUCUAAAUAAAGCUGUUUCUUAACAAGAA